AUAUUUUGAAAAGUUCCACUUCUUCAACCUCUCAUUUUUUCUUUAUAUUGACAGUUUUGCUGAGAUCAAAUCACCAGAAUUCCCUCUUUUUUGUGUCACUGCCAUAGUGCUACAUUUAUAUAUGUAUAUGUAUGUAUAUAUAUAUUUUUUCGGUGCAUGCAUUGCAAAGUCUAUAAAAAUCUGAGUUUAAGGCCAAAAAAGUGGGAUAUGUAACCUGCAUGGAGACUUUCUUGGUUCCUUUUCUCUAGCAAAAGCCAAACACAUAGCCAGCUUUUUUUUGUUGAGAGAGAGAGAGAGAGAGAGAGAGAGAGAGAGAGAGAGAGAGAGAGAGAGAGAGAGAGAGAGAGAGAUGCAGGGAUUUGGAGAUGAGAAUUUUGAAGGUGAAUCUGGCCUGGAAAUUCAGAAAGCUGCAAAUGCGGAGUUAGACGAUGAUGGCAAGCCUAGCAGGACAGGUAAUCUUUGGACUGCAAGUGCACACAUAAUAACCGCGAUAAUCGGUUCGGGAGUUCUGUCACUAGCAUGGGGAGUAGCACAGCUUGGAUGGAUUGCUGGAGUGGCAACUCUCGUAAUUUUCUCCGCUAUCACAUUAUAUACUUCGAGCCUACUAGCAGAUUGUUACCGAUCCCCUCUUACCGGAAAACGUAACUAUACUUACAAAGAUGUCGUCAAAAACAAUUUAGGUAGCAUGAAUUAUUAUUACACAGUCACUUUUAUAUAUUAUUUUGGAGAUUUUUUCGAAAUCGUAAUUUUGUUUGUUUGUCUGAAAAUUAUUUCAGGUCAAACUAUGUACGUAGCUUGUGCAAUGGUUCAAUAUGCCAAUCUCUGUGGGAUGGUAGUCGGAUAUACCAUCACAGCAUCGAUAAGCAUGGCUGCUAUUCAGAAAUCGGAUUGUUUUCAUAGACGAGGCCAUGAAAAUUCGUGCAGCGUCUCUCACAAUCCGUAUAUGAUCGGAAUGGGAAUUCUCGAAAUAUUUUUGUCUCAAAUUCCGAAUUUCCAUAAGCUAUCGAUGCUUUCGGUUGUUGCAGCUAUUAUGUCGUUUGCUUAUUCAUCUAUAGGUGUGGGACUUGCCUUGGCAAAAGUCAUUUCAGGGCAAGGAGAAAGAACUACACUUACGGGGGUGGAAGUCGGAAUCGGUUUAUCAGCAGCUGAAAAAACCUGGAGAAUGUUCAGAGCAUUUGGUGAUAUUGCCUUUGCUUACACUUAUUCUCAAAUUCUGGUCGAAAUUCAGGACACACUAAAAGCAACACCACCGGAAAACCAAGUGAUGAAAAAGGCCAACAUCGUCGCAGUAUCGACUACAACAGCGUUCUAUAUGAUGUGUGGAUGCUUCGGUUAUGCCGCGUUUGGCAACAACGCACCCGGAAAUUUACUAACUGGAUUUGGAUUUUACGAGCCGUUUUGGUUGGUCGAUUUAGCCAACGCAUGCAUUGUUCUGCACCUAGUUGGUGCAUAUCAGGUAUUUGCGCAGCCGGUAUUUAGCGCGGUCGAACUACGGGCAAAUAAAAAGUGGCCGAAAUCGAAUUUCAUAACGCGAGAGUACAAAAUAGGCAUUGGCAAAAAUAGGAACAAGUUUACAAGCGUAAACUUGAUGAGAUUGAUAUGGAGAAGUUCGUUCGUAAUACUCGCGACAUUAUUUGCAUUGAUACUGCCGUUUUUCAACGACAUACUUGCGUUUUUGGGGGCAAUGGGGUAUUGGCCCCUGACGGUGUAUUUCCCAAUAGAAAUGUACAUUGCGAAGAAUAAAAUAAAGAAGUGGAGUCGGAGGUGGCUCGGUCUUCAACUCAUAAACUCGGUGUGUUUGCUCGUUGCAGUGGCUGCUGGCUGUGGCUCCAUUCAAGGCCUUAAUAAAGCUCUCAAAACUUAUAAGCCUUUUCAGGUUAAGGAAUAGGAAAGAAUAAAGGCCUAUUUUUAUUUUUAUUUUAUUUGUGUGUGUGUGUGUGUAAUCUAAGCAAGCAUAAGCUUGACGUGUUGUGCUAUUGAGUUAGAUUUGGAUUUGUAUUAA